AUUUAACGGCGUUUCAGCUAUAAAACCCCAAAACGUUCCUCAGUACCAUCACAACACGGAACAGCCGAAUUCAUAAAGCCAAAACCUGAGCUGACUCCAGACCAGCCAUGGACAGAGCCCUCCUCCUCCUGUCAGUCAUGUGUUUGACUGUUUCCUCUCAGCCAAUCACAGACAGCCAGCGUUUGUUCUCCAUUGCAGUCAGCAGAGUCCAACACCUCCACCUGCUCGCUCAAAGACUCUUCUCCGAGUUUGAGAGCUCUCUGCAGACGGAGGAGCAGCGUCAGCUCAACAAAAUCUUCCUGCAAGAUUUCUGCAACUCUGAUUACAUCAUCAGCCCUAUUGACAAGCAUGAAACACAACGCAGCUCCGUUCUGAAGUUGCUGUCCAUCUCCUACCGUCUGGUGGAAUCCUGGGAGUUUCCAAGUCGUUCUCUGUCUGAAGGUUCUACCCCAAGAAGCCAAAUUUCACCAAAACUGUCCGAACUGAAGACAGGAAUCCUGUUGCUCAUCAGGGCUAAUCAGGAUGCAGCAGAGAUCUUUACAGACACCUCAGCUUUCCAGCUGGCCCCAUACGGAAAUUAUUACCAGAGUCUGGGAGCUGAUGAGUCGCUGCGACAAACCUACGAACUGCUGGCUUGCUUCAAGAAGGACAUGCACAAGGUGGAGACUUACAUGACAGUUGCUAAGUGUCGGCUCUCUCCAGAAGCAAACUGCACUCUGUAGUCCUGCUUCUUCAGCAUGAAGCUCAACCCCAUUUUUAUUGUGUCAUUUUAAAACAUCAUCAGAUGCACCAGAAUUAGAGUAGGGCCUUCUUAGCAGUUUGAUGUUCCAGAAUGUGUUUUGAUGAGAUCAUCUGGUGUUUGAUUUUAUCAUGAAUGCUGUGAAGGAAGUGAUGUCACACCAUAAACAUGUUAAAUAAAGUGUGUGCUGUGUUGCA